AUGUCCAUCCUGAGGUCUCUGGAUGACCGCAUCUCUCUCUACGGCGAACGGCCGCGAGACCUGACCCCGCUGAGCGCGCUCAACGAAGUGUGCAAAGCGAAAGACCUGUACACGCAGGAGCCACAACACAUGGCGCCGUACCUUCCUGACAAGCUGAAGGUGACGAAGGGCGCCACCACCCCGCUCCCUCUAGAGUCCGUGCUCCCUGCCGGCGCUCUGCGGCUGGCGACGGACUUCAAGAAACACGUGUUGAAGAGUGAGAGUGAGCUUGAGGCAGAUCGUUUGAGAGGCGUCUCUGUCACUCCGUACUGGUGUCCGGACCUGCGGCGCUCAAAGCAGCGCCGCCGCGAGCUGUUCGCUACGCUGUGCGACCGCCAGCUUCUCACCUUCAGGCGACGCAUCUUUUCGAGGGUCUCAAUCUUCUUCGUCUGGAAGAAGACAGGUAUGACCAGGCUGAUUGUGGACGCCCGCUCGACCAACGAGAAGUGCCGGAUGCCCCCUCACACGGACUUGGGCACGAUCGCCGCCUUGGCGGACGUGGAUCUCAGCCUGGCCGAGCUCUCCGAUAUCGCGGACGCCGAGCUGAGCACCGAGGAGGAGGCCGAGCUUCUCAAGGGGCAGGGCGGGCUUUUCUCUCUCCCUUUCUCUGGGAGCUCUCUGGACGUGGUCGACGGCUUCUACCAGUUUGACAACUGGCGUAUGGCGAGCUGGUUCGGGAUGGAUGAUCCCGACGAGGCUGGCGUCUACGGAGUCACCGAGGUCUGGGAUGACGACCUCGAGGAGAUGGUGCCGCUGCAGCCCACUGACAUCGUGUACCCCUGCUUCAGAGCGCUUAGCAUGGGUUUUACGUGGGCUCUCUAUUUUUGUCAUUCAGCUGUGGAGCAUAUCGUCGCUGCCGGGGUCCCUGGAGGCGCCUCUCGCGCUGCUCGGGAGAAGCACCGGGCGCCGCAGGCCUCGUUUGCAAGCCCGAUCACCUCGACCUACGUCGACAACGCGGCCCUGCUGUCUGCUAAUACCAGUACUUCAGACCUACAGACUGUUCUUCAUCAGUUCUCUGCGCGUGACAUGCGCACACACGACAUAGUAGAGCACACCUUUGCGCUAGAGCACUUGGGCGCCGUCUUCGACGGACAUCGGCGUCUUCUGCAUCACCAGCCGCGCCGAGUGUGGCGGGUGUACCUGGCCGGCAAAGAACUACUCCGACGUCGGCGACUUCGAGGUGAGGUCCUUCGAGUCUGGAUCGGCCACGUGGUGCACCUCUUCAUGCUCAACAGGCCGGCGUUGUCCUGUCUGUGGGCAGUCUACCAGUUCAUCCAGCAUGCACUCGAGCGGCGGUGCCGGGUGUGGGGCUCUGUGCGCCAGGAGAUUAAGGUGAUUCUGGGUCUAGUCUUCCUCUGCCAGCGCGACUUGAGUGCUCCACGGUUGCGGAUGGCCUACUGCUCUGACUCCUCUGACUUGGGGUACUGCUUGGCGGUCACGAGCGCCUCGGAUGCUGAGCUUAGGGAGGCGGCAGCUUAUCACGAACGAUGGCGUUUCAUUGAGGAUCGGUCGGACCCGCGGUGCGAGCUGGUCCCCUACCUCGAGCUCUGCGACAGCGCUGGCCUCUCGCCCCUGGGGGGCUCGCCAGAGCCGUGGCGUGAGGAUCACGUGCCACCCGCCGAGUUCGCCGAGCACUUCGAGAGCGAGUCCUACGGGAGGAUCCUCGUCAGGUGCCCGCACUCGCGCUGGAAGACCCUCUUCGAGCGGAAGUGGAAUGACCCAACUGAGCACAUCAACACCAAGGAGGGCAGGGUGAUGCUGGCGGGACUUCGGCGUGCCUGCCGCAACCCGCGCUGCCACAAGAAGCGGCUCCUUUCCCUCUCCGACAGCCUGGUCGCCUGUUGCGCCUUUGAUCGAGGGCGUGGGCGAGGCGCGGAGAAGACCAACUGGGGCCUUCGCUAUCUUGGCCAACGGGCAGCAGCUCUGCAGAUCGCCUGCGAUAUCCAGUGGGCGACUCGACACCUCGAGGGAGUUCGCAACCCCACGGACGCGGGCUCUCGCCGUUUUGACGGAGGUGCUGACCCGACGGAGAAGGCGCGCAACCUCGGCUUGGAGCGGGGCGGUCAUGACAUGGCUAUCGAGGCCCCCAUCAUCGAGUACGGCGCCCCGCAGGACUUCUACGGGGCCUCCCACGGGCACUUCAAGGGCUUUAGCGUGUUCUUCGGCUCCCGACAGGACCUCCUCAGGGACUCCAUCAAGGCCUCCAAGCCCAAGGGCUACGACUUGAACCGCACGCUGCGCUUUAGGAGAGGGGCGAUCUUUUUGGAGCUGUUCGCGGGCCACGAGGGCCUCACCAGGGCCGUGGCCUCUCUAGGCGUUCCAAGUGGAGAAGGUAUCGAGCUCUCGAAAGGCCCCGAGUAUGACCUCUUGGACCCCGGCAUCAGGCUCGGCGCUCGACGACAGCGUCUCGCGCGCCCGCCUGCUGCGCGACACGGGCCUGCCCCUCUGCCUCGGAACCUGGUCGAGAACAGCGUCUCGGCCACCACCCUGCACACCUACAAGGCGGAGGUCGGCGAGUUCGAGGCUUGGGCAGCUGGCAGGGUGCGCAGCCUCCGCACGCACGAGGCGGCAGACUCUGCGAUGUCGGACUACUUCGAGUGGCUCUACGCCCAGAGAGAGCAGCCGCAGAUUGGCAGGUGGGCCCUGUACGGCUACGCGCUGCUGAGGCUCUCGCAUCUGGGCCGCGGAGGGCACGUCCUGCCCAGGGCCAAGGCAGCUCUUCGAGGUUGGAUUCGCCAGAUGCCCGGUCGCAUUCGUGACCCUUGUCCCAUCGAGGCGGCCUGGUUGAUAGUUCAGUGGCUUCUUCUCAAGAAUCAAGCUUUCUACUUCUGGUGUGCCCUUGCUGUGGUGUUGCAAGUGGAUACCUAUGUCCGCCCGGGCGCCUUGAUGGGCAUCAAGCGAGAAGACCUAUUGCCCCCAAUUCGCCAACGUGGCUCACGCUACACCGAUUGGGGCCUCGUUCUCUCUCCCAGCACCCGAGCUGGCAAGACCAAGUCUGGCGAGCAAGAUGACACGUUGGUCAUUGGUAUCCUCGACCGCACCUUUGUGAAGGAUGUGGCCGCUUUCUUGCAUGGGUCCGCUCACGAUGGUGAGCGAGUCUUCCGCCACCUCACACUCCCGUCUUACGAGAAGUCCAUCAAAGAAGCCUCAGAGGCGCUGGAGCUGGAUGCCCUGAGGAUUGUGCCGCAUUGUUUCCGACACACUGGCCCCUCGACUGAUGCCUAUCUCAAUGCCCUCAGCAUCCAGCAGAUUCAAGAUCGUGGAAAAUGGAAGUGCCCCGCCUCGGUGAGGCGCUACGAGAAGCACGCAGCUCUUCUACGUCAGUUGCACAAAAUGACACCCCGCCAGCGGCGGGAGGCUAUUGCUGCCGGUCGACAACUCCCGGACCUGCUCAAGCACGCUUUUCGCCAGUAUCGUUAA